CAGGUAGGUGGCGGGGCCGGCACCGGCGGUGCCACAGCGAGCUCCGAGGGACGUUGGCUGCCCGCGGCCCGUCGCUCGGCGCGGUCCCCGGGCUCGGGGCGGCAGGGCCGGUUUCCAGCCGGGGGUUCGGCCGCGUGCUGGGCUGGCACCGCAGGUGCCUGCUGCUGGCGUCCGCCCGGCCGCGCGGGGGUAACCAGGACGUGGUGGUGCGGUGCCGCCCGUGUGUGUGCGGGGCACGGCUGGCUCAGCGCGCCUGGGGAGCCUCUAAACGUGGUGCCGCUGGUCUGCGCUUCGGGAGGGCUGAGGAGAAGGAGCUCGGGGCUCUGACUGUGCUUAUUUGGGCUAGAUGGAAACUUACAGGGUGUCAGUGCAGGAAUACGACGUUUGGGGCCCUAGAACUUAUGCCCCAGUUUAAGCAGGGAUAUAAAAAAAACUUGAACUGAGACUUUGUUUUGAAAACUAGUGGCAGUAAAGGAAUAUAGCAACCCUAGAGAUGCCUUUCAGUCUUGCAUCAUGUCGUCUGUCAUCAUUUUGAUAAAUACUGCAGCCAUACCGAUCAACUCCAUGAUUUUUGUGCUUUGAAAAUGUCUGAAAAUUCCAGUGACAGUGAUUCGUCCUGUGGCUGGACUGUCAUCAAUCAUGAGGGUUCUGACAUAGAGACAGUGACUUCAGAAAAUGGAAGCACAAAUGAUAACCACGAAUUCAUUUCAGAAGAAUACGUUACUUUGCAAGAAGAAGAGCAACCAAUCAAUUUGCAAGCUCAGCACAGCACUGAUGGAGAGAUACCAGUGGUAGAUAACACUCUCUCUGCUUUUGAGGAAACUCAGACAGUUCCAGAGGGAAGGAAAGAAAAAGUGCAUGAUGAUGGUUCCUGUGUUGGGACUAUUAGUGAUGAUUCUGACAUUGUUACGCUUGAAGCUCCAAAAGGGGAAGAAACUCAAAGUCAGGAGGAAGCUCCAGCUGAUGGUGAAGAAGCUCGCAGUUCAGAGGAUUUUAACAUGGGUUCCUCCUCUAGCAGUCAAUAUGCAUUUUCCCAACCAGAAACUGUCAGUUGGCUGGAGAAGCUGAGGAAGAUUCCUGAUUAUGUAAGGGAAUGGGGCAAUGAGGUGAAAGAGCAUGUGUCGCGCAGUCUUCCUUUCCAAGUUUUUUCAUCUCAGGCUAGCAAUGAUGAAUCAAGUAGCGAUGAAACUAGCAAUCAGACCAGUCCCACAGUGCGAAGACGUCGGGCUAAGAAGCGGCUGAUCUCUAGCUCCGAGGCUGAGAGUGGAUCCCCUGCUGACCCAGAGUCCAAACCUCCCAGAGAAGAGCAGCACAAGCGCCAGUUCGGUAGCGGUCUGAAUAGAUGCAUCAUACUAGCUUUGGUGAUUGCCAUCAGCAUGGGCUUUGGACACUUCUAUGGUACAAUACAGAUCCAGAAACGUCAACAGCUGGUAACAAAGACACGUGAAUUAAAAGAUAUGAAAGAUGACCUUUACCAGUGCCAACAAGAGCAAGGAGAUAAAGUGGGGUUGCUCAAGGGAGAUCUCUCCACAUGUUUGACUUCUACUGAGAUGGAAAAGAAAUCCUUUGAACUGCACAAAAAAAGUCUUGCUGCAGAAAAUCAACACUUAAGAGAAUCCCUAGAGAAGGAAGAAAAAGCUUUGGCCUCACUUCAGGAAGAAUUAAGAAAACUAAGACAACAAAUUAGAAACUUGGAAGAUAAAGGUACUAGUACUGAGUCUAUUGUCAUGGAAAACCAGAAACUAAGGGAACAUUUGGAAGAGGAAAAGCAAAGAAAUCAUAACUUUCUUAGACAAAAGGAAACACUCUUUGCUGAAGCACAGAUGUUAAGGAGAGAAUUGGACAAAGAACGUCGUGUUACAGAAGCUCUAAAAAAAGAACUAGAACAGCUAGGUUCUCGUCAAACGCCUGACAAUGUUGCCGAUGAUGAUACAUUAAGAGAAAAUCAAGAAAUAGAAACUCUGCGAGGAAGACUAGCAGAACUAGAAAAAAAGCUAAAUUUUGAGCAACAGCGCUCUGACCUAUGGGAGAAGUUGUAUGUUGAAGCAAAAGAUCAAACUGAAAAACAAGAAAUGAAUGAAAAGGGACAAAAGAAAGGUGCUAAAGGGCAAAGUAAGUCUAAAAAGAAAUCAAAAGAAUCAUUUUUUGGCUCAGUUAAAGAAACUUUUGAUGCUAUGAAAAAUUCCACCAAAGAGUUUGUUAGACACCAUAAAGAAAAGAUUAAGCAGGCUAAAGAAGCAGUGAAAGAAAACCUGAAAAAAUUCUCUGAUUCUGUGAAGUCUACAUUCAGACACUUUAAAGAUACCACAAAAAACAUCUUUGAUGAAAAGGAGAAGAAGUCAAAUGAUAAAAAGUACGAGGCAAACAAGAAAGCUCGAACUUUUUACCGAGAGCAUAACUCUUACGAGAAUCUGAAGAACAUGCAUUACAGGGGACCUCACAUGUCAAAAGAUUUCAAAGAUGGAAGAAAACAUGAGUUUACGACAUUUGAAAAAGAUGCAGGUUCAGACAAAUGUCUCAACGAUCCUUUGUGUAACAGAAGACAUCAGUUUGUCCUAAAAGGCUGUUCUGGUAUUUUUGAAUGUGCUCAUCAAGAAUUCAUUAGUCUCUUUAACAGAGUAUCAGAUCCUAUUAGGGUAGAUGAAUUUAAUCGGCUAAUGAAAAAGUAUUUGCAACAAGUCGUACAUAACUUUCAUCACUGGAGAGAACUAGAGAAUUUCAUCAAUAAGUUUUUUCAUAAUGGGCUUUUUAUACAUGACCAGAUGUUGUUCACUGAUUUCGUUAAUGAUGUCAAGGAUUAUCUGGAAGAUAUGAAGGAAUACCAAAGUAAGAAUGAAAACGUUUUUGAUGAUUUGGACAAAUACGUCUACAGAUACUACUUUCAGUAUGAUAAUUCACCCCAAUAUGGACCCAGUCGACCUAAAAGGCCUUCUUUUACACAAAAUGAAAAUACCAGAUAUGAAAAACAAGCUCAGAAGUACCACCAUCGUAAUAAAAGAGAAGGUAAAUGGCAUAAACAUGGUCGCACUAAUGGAAGACACAUGGCAAAUCUUGAAAUAGAAUUGGGGCAAUUACCCUUUGAUCCAAAAUACUAAGUAAUUUAUGGAAAAAAAUGAGAUUAGAUUUAAUAAAUGACCUCCUCUCUGGAAACUAAUUGUUUUUCAAGAAAGCAGCAAGAUGCAAGUUUUUCUCUAAAUAAUUUGUUUCUUACAAAUUGUUAAAAGGCACAAGUCAAGCUUUCUAAUAUGCAUAUUUGGUAUUGUUGCUUUAACUGUUCUACAGAAGUGAUGAGAGUUUGGGUGCCAGCGGUAUUGUUACAGAAACUAGGCAUGCAAUGACUUGUAUAUGAAAAAUAUGCUUAAUUGCAUUCCAUUAGUGUAGUUCAAGCUUGAGUCAUGCAUAAUGUAUCAAUAAUUAACUCCAGUGUUUGAUAUACUAACUUCAUCUCAUCCUUCAAAAAAAAAAAGUCUACAUUAUGGUAGUGUACUUGUUAGUGUGUUGUAAUCUUACACUUGCUUCUUGUCUUUGGGGGGGUGGUUCAAGAGCCUGUUGAAUUGUGAAAAAUUUGCUGUGCUGCAUUCUAAUCAGCUUGCUGAUUUAAGCACUUGAAAUAUCUUGCAUAUCUGCAUAUUGUGGAAGAAAAAUAAAGAGACGGUGUGGGUAAAA